AUGUCUGACGGUCUUCAGAGGCAUCCCGUCCCCCCAGCCGACCCUGAGAAGGGGGAGAUGGAGCACCAUAUCCAGAUGGUGGAACAUGCCAAAGCCCUCGACACGGCUAUCACAGUAGUCCAGUCCGAGAAGGAUGGCGUCGUCGUGACCACGAAGGAGAGGGUUUCUGCCCCUCCCCCUCCCUCCUCGAAGCCUGCUCCCAAGCCCAAGCGGAAGGUCUCCAAAUGGGUUCGAUGGCAGCUAUGGUUCAACAUGUACCGGCGAUUCUUCGUUCUGAGCUUCGGGUUGAAUAUGAUCGGCCUGGUGUUGGCGGCUACGGGUCGGUGGCCGUACGCUGUGAAGUACAACGGCGCCAUCGUCGUCGCCAACUUCAACAUGGCAAUCUUGAUGCGCAAUGAAGUCUUUGGUCGUUUGCUCUACCUCUUCGUCAACACUUGCUUUGCUAAGUGGCCACCUCUUUGGUUCCGUCUGGGCUGCACAUCCGUUCUUCAGCACCUCGGAGGAAUACACAGUGGUUGUGCACUCGCUGGUGUGGCGUGGUUGUUGUUCAAGGUGGUCAGGAAUUUCCUUCUACUUGACAUCACACACGACUCCGUGCUCGUCAUGGGGGUUGUCACCAACAUUGCUGUCAUGGUCAGCGCGCUAAGCGCCUUUCCCUGGGUCAGAAACACCCAUCAUAAUGUUUUCGAACGUCACCAUCGCUUCGUCGGAUGGAUUGGCCUUGUCUUCACUUGGGCGUUCGUAAUUCUCGGAAACACAUACGACCCCUACACUCGCACAUGGAACCUCAGCGGAAUCAAUCUCGUGCGACAACAGGACUUUUGGUUCACCAUGGGUAUGACAGUAUUCGUGGCGCUUCCUUGGUUCUUCGUUCGAGAAGUCGAAGUGGACGUCGAGCUGCCGUCGUCGAAAGUGGCUAUCUUGCGUUUCAAGCGAGGUAUGCAACAGGGAUUGCUCGGGCGGAUCAGUCGAUCUUCUAUCAUGGAGUACCAUGCCUUUGGUAUUGUCUCGGAGGGCAAGCAUGCAAAGUAUCACUAUAUGAUCGCUGGAGUUCAAGGUAUAUAUCAUGCCUUCACGUCAUUACCCCGCACUUUCGCCGGGGUGUCAAACACCUCCACACUGUACAAGCGGGGUAUCCGUGUAUGUACAGGAACAGGCAUUGGGGCCGCCCUAUCAACCUGUAUCCAGUCGCCAUACUGGUAUCUGAUUUGGAUAGGUAGCGACCAGGAGAAGACGUUCGGUCCGACCAUCAGUGGCUUGAUCCACAAGAACAUCGAGCCAGAGCGCCUGUUGCUCUGGGACAGUAAGAAGCGGGGAGGUCGCCCCGAUACUAUGAAGCUCAUCAAGGAAGCAUACCACUCAUGGGGUGCUGAAGUUGUUUUCAUCACGUCGAAUUAUAUCGGCAACACUGAGAUGAUGCAGGGAUGCAAAGAAGCAGGUAUCCCAUGCUUCGGAACUCUUUGGGACUUCGUAAGUGCACCCCGCGUCUCGAGAUAG